GUGUGUAUCCAGCUGGGUUGUUUCUGCAAGAGCAGAUGUAGCAAUUCUUCCAGUCAGUGCGGACAACAUCAGGAUGUCUACGGAACGACUUGAGAAAAAGAAGACGAUAGACCUGAGGAAGAAGCACAUUGGGCCAUCCUGUAAGAUCUUCUUCAGCCAUGACCCUAUCAAGAUCAUGCAAGCCAAAGGCCAGUACAUGUAUGAUGAAAAGGGACGGCGCUACUUGGAUUGCAUCAACAACGUGGCUCACGUGGGCCACUGCCACCCCGAUGUGGUGAAGGCAGGAGCUCAGCAGAUGGAACUGCUCAACACCAACUCGCGAUUCUUGCACGACAACCUCGUCUUGUAUGCCCAGAGGCUGCAGGACACGCUGCCUGACAAGCUUUCUGUGUGCUACUUUGUCAACUCUGGCUCCGAAGCCAACGACCUGGCCCUCCGUCUGGCAUGGCAGUACACCGGCCACAAAGAUGUCAUCACGCUGGAAAACGCGUAUCACGGACACGUCUCAUCGCUCAUCGACAUCAGUCCGUAUAAGUUCCAGCACUCGUCAGACGCUGAGCACAAUCAAUCUGUCCACGUGGCUCCCAGCCCAGAUGUGUACAGAGGCAAAUACAGAGCGGACCACCCGGACCCCGCCACAGCGUACGCUGAUGAAGUCAAAGAUAUGAUACAGGGCGUCCAUGAGAAAGGAGGCAAGAUUGCCGCUUUUAUUGCUGAGUCAUUGCAGAGUUGUGGCGGGCAGAUCAUUCCGCCCCCGGGCUACUUUCAGCAAGUGGCAGAACAUGUCCGAAAGGCAGGGGGCAUUUUCAUCGCCGAUGAAGUCCAGGUGGGUUUCGGCCGUGUCGGCACUCACUUCUGGGCCUUCCAGCUCCAGGGAGAGGACUUUGUGCCGGACAUCGUCACAAUGGGAAAGCCUAUUGGCAACGGCCACCCCAUGUCAUGUGUGGUCACGACUAAAGAGGUGGCAGAGGCCUUCUUGUCAUCUGGGAUGGAGUAUUUCAAUACAUUUGGCGGUAAUCCAGUGUCGUGUGCCAUCGGCAUGGCCGUCCUGGAUGUGAUUGUGAAAGAGGAUCUCCAGGGAAAUGCACUGCGUGUGGGCCGACACCUGAGCAGUCUGCUGGAGAAGCUGAAAGAGAAGCAUCCACUGGUUGGUGACAUCAGGGGGCAGGGCCUCUUCUCUGGGGUGGAGCUUGUGAAGGACAGGUUGAAGCUUACCCCUGCGACAGCAGAAGCCCAAGAAGUCAUAUAUAGGCUAAAGGAACAGUACAUCCUCCUCAGUGCUGACGGACCUCAUCGCAAUGUGCUCAAAUUGAAGCCCCCCAUGUGCUUCAGUGUGGAGGAUGCUGACCUGGUGGUGGAGAAAAUCGACCAGAUUCUCACAGAGAUUGAGGAAGCGUUGGGUUUGAAGUUGCACAACGGAUCAAGUGUGGAGAAUGAAAGCAGUAAAAGAAAGUUGCCAGCUGAGGAAAAUGGACACCAGUGCCUCACUGGGAUAGCACACAACCGAGGGAGCGGUCAAGGAGUUCAACAAACCAAACGCCUCAAGACAUAAAGCUGCCUGCGAACAGUCAGAGCUGUGAAGGGACAGUGAAAUCUGGCACUAUAUAAACUUUAGAGGUGACAAAACGCUCGGGGGAAAAAGCUUAAGUGCCUUCGUAUGUAACCUAUUGAGAAAUGUUUUUACAUUAAUAAUAAUAAUAAUAAUAAUAAUAAUAAUAAUAUAAUAAUACUGUAUCUCUGAGAUGGCAGUGUGUUCUCAGGUCGUAGUUUAAGUAACAUGCCACUCUUCUGGUUUUACUUUGGUGCUAAAAGUUCCUGUUUACCUAAACAACUGGAAUACUCUUAAUUUAAAUUUCUGCCAAUACUUUCUUGACUAUGAUUUUUAAGGGAAUUUUAAAGUUAACAAACCAAAAGGUUAUUAUGUUGAAAUCUUUCACUGAUUUAUAAUUAUUACUCUCUGUAGUAGAUCGUGUGAAAUACCUGUACAGGAUGUUCCACAUGUGGUGGUGAUCGAUCUGUUCUGAAUAAAAUACUGUGUAUGUGA